AUGCAGCCUUCUGCUUCACCAAGCACUGCUCACCCUUCGGUGGCUUCCACAAUGCAAAACAGGAAAAUAUCGUCGAAACGCUCAUCACCCUUCUCCAUCACAGUACCUUCACUGAAGUUCGCUGCGCCUUCCCAAGUUCACUUAUCGUUGCCUAAUACAGCAUCAUCAGGAACUCGCAUUCUAACGCCUGCUAAGUCGUUUUCAAAACCUGAGUCGUCAGACACUAAUGCAUUGACAAAAGCAACAACUAAGAUAUCCUCAAAAGCUUACAAAAAAUCAAAUGCUCAGACAACCUCAGAUUAUUUCGGAUCAAUAAAUCCAGAGGUUAUAACAACAAAUUCUUACUUUUCGCAAAUUAAGGAUUUAUCAAAAGACACUUCAAGAAUAUCUUCUAAAGAUUUUGCAGAUUCAAACAAUGACUUCGUAAAAUCCUCUGAACUAUUUACUGCCACCACUACCCCAGUUCCGACAGUUACAAGUGUUAAUGUGAAAUCCAGAAGCACAAGCAAUUUUCACAGUGCUGCUUCUGAAAGUAACACUGCAAAACCAUCUUCAGCUGCUUUGCAAAUUUACGUAACAUUGAGAAACUACAGUCAAAUAACAAGCAAAUAUACAAACUCAAGAAUAAGUAAUAUUCAUUACCAGACAGCUUCACUAGUCGGUGAAACAAAAUCUGAUUGGCUGCAGUCAACCUUAACAGAAACGGCUGCAUCAAGUAAUUUGCAUGAGACUUCAUUGAAAGGAACUCUUUCAAAACACAGCAGCACGGCAAGAGCAGAAUCUUUUCAUUCAUUUGAAAUGGGCUCAUCUGUUUCUGUUACAGAAGAACCUUUUCAAGUUAGAAACUCUUCUUCGGAAAAAAUACAGACGACAAAACCUAUUUAUCCAGCUACAGAAACGGGUAUCAUGUUAAAAAAAGAAAAAGAAACAUCAACAGAAAAUUCUGUUGAAACAGAAGAUGAAACUACACAAGAGAGUAAUUUGGAGUUAUCUGAAUCGUCUUCAACACGUAAGAAGUUUAAUACAGAGGAACAAUUAAAAACAAUUUUACAAACAGAAGAAGGUUUGCAAAAAUCACAUUCCACGUUAAGCAGUAUAGGGUCACUAAGUUUAUCAGACAAAAGUACAACAACUGAUCAGAAAAUUAACGCAUUUUCUAUCAGCACAAUCUUGAAACCUGGUACAGCCGCAAAAGUGACUGCUAUGUCGACGAAGCGAGUGACAAUUAAACCGACUCUUCAAGUACCAGAAAUUCAAAGCACUUGGUCAUCGGAAUCGAAUGUCAAAGUAAUGCCGAAACGUUUUACAGUACUUCCAACUAUGCUGUCUAACUGGGCUUUCUAG